AUGCAAUGGAAAAGUUGCGAGUCGGGGCGGCAGUACGACCCUGUGAGCCGGAAGUGCGAGGUUUGUCCGCCCAAUACCUUCUGGGACAAGACUUCCUGUGUGUCCUGUCCACACGGCUACACCCGCAAGCCCGGUGCAUAUGAUUGUGAACCACCUUGUGAACCGGGAACGUUCUGGGACGUUAAUCGGAAGUUGUGCCUCCCGUGCCCCACGGGUCAAUACCAGGACAGCGUCGGACAGCAGUCCUGUAGACACUGCCCCUACGGUCAGACCACAGAACAUGGAGGUGCCAAAACGGUGUACGAAUGCAUUGAUAUACCUGAUUGUCCGCCCGGGACCUUCAAGACUCCCGGGACCUCCGUGUGUGACCCCUGUCCCAGCGGCUCCUACCAGGACAGACCGGAUAUGACGUAUUGUAACGCCUGUCCCGACGGCCUCCAUACGGCCACACCAGGGGCUAAAAGUCGGGAGGACUGUCAAGCCCCAUGCCCAGCAGGUCGAUACUGGGACAGUCAUUACGAGGACUGCCGUCCAUGUCCUAUUGGCCAGUACCAGGAUCGGAAGUACCAGACAAGCUGUAUUUCCUGCCCUCGUGGUCAGACAACAGACGCCGUGGGCGCCGCGAGCAAGGAUAAAUGUAAAGAGGAACGUGACGAGGAUUGCCCUCCCGGCAAAUUCCUGGACCACGCCAGUUACACGUGCAGACCGUGUCCCGUUAACUCGUACAAGGACCGCAACGGGCAGGACUCGUGCACACCGUGCGGGUAUGGAAAGUUCACCAGCGAGCCCGGCUGCACCAGUAGCAAGCAAUGUAAAGAGUGUCCCCUUGGAAAGCAGUUUGACGAGUCAACCCACGAGUGCGAGCCAUGCCCUGUUAACCAGUACCGGGACGCCGGUCACUACAAGUGCCUGCCUUGUCCCUACGGUCUCCACACUCCCGCCGUUGGCAGCACCGUGUGCGCGCGUACGUACAUACCGGUUUCUAGUCAGAAGGUUCAAACUACACAAUCUUCUUGUGAGGCAGGGGCGUAUUGGCUGCGGGCGCUCCAGCUGUGCCUCAAGUGUCCCAAGGGCACCUACCAGGACGAGCCCUACCGGGACUCCUGCAAGCCAUGCCCCGCUGACCAUGCAGCCUGUGGAAAGGGCAAUUACCAGGAGGGAGGCGAGUGCAGGCCAUGUCCGGUGGGCACCUAUCAGAGCCGGGAGGAGAUGACAUACUGUGUGGCCUGUCCACAGGGUUACAUAACACCAAACACCGGGGCGAACACAUACCAAGACUGUAUUGAGUGUCCAGGGGGCGAGGAACGGCGGUACGGUGAGACCCGAUGCACGCCGUGUCCCAAAAACCAGUACCGGUCGCCGGGCGAGCCGUCUUGCCGCCCCUGUCCGGAUGGCCACAUUACACUCAACACAGGCUGCCAUUCCGUUGCAUUAUGUCUUCAUGCCCCGCCUCCCACGUGCCCAGUCGGUUCCUUCUUGGACGUGUCCAGUAAGACGUGCAAGAAAUGCCCGGUGGGGACAUACCAGGACCAGACCGGUCAGACUUCUUGCACGCAGUGCUCGGAUGGUCAAACAACAGCCCACCCUGGCGCAGACAGCAGCAACGACUGUAGACCGUGUGACGCCGGCUACUAUUACAUCCCCGGCCAUGACGGAUGUGAUCCCUGUCCGCAGAACACGUACUGUGAGAGCGGGCAGACCCAAUGUAACCCAUGUCCUUCCAGCUACAUCACCCUUCACACAGGAACCGGAUACAAAACUGAUUGCUUACCUCCGUGUGACAAAGGUCAGUUUUGGGACAGCACGUAUGGACUAUGUCGGCCAUGCACAAUUGGAAAAUACCAGAACAAACCUAACCAGGAGGAAUGUGUUGAUUGUCCUCACGGCAAAACUACGGCAUCUGAAGGAGCAACACACCUUUAUGAUUGCAUUGAUAAACCACCACAAGAUUGUCCUAAAGGUAGUUUCCUGGAUCACUCAACAAAAACUUGUCAAAAAUGUCCUGUUGGGACAUACCAAGAUGAAACAGGACAAACCAACUGUAAACCAUGUCCGGACGGAAAGACCACGCGUUACCCGGGAGCAGACAACGAGCAUGAUUCGUGUGACGCCGGCUACUAUUACAUCCCCGGCCAUGAUGGAUGUGACCCCUGCCCCCAAAACACGUAUUGUGAGAGCGGACAGAGCCAGUGUUACCCCUGUCCUUCCGGUUACAUCACACUUCACACAGGAACCGGAUACAAAACAGACUGCUUACCCCCGUGCGACCGAGGCCAUCACUGGGAUUCCAGUCUCAAGAUAUGCAGACCUUGUCCUGUAGGCCGCUACCAAGACAAACCUCAUCAGUUAAGCUGCGACGAAUGCCCGUAUGGAAAAACUACCGAGCAUGAGGGAUCCACAACAAUCUACGACUGUACAGAUUUACCUCCACCAGACUGUCCUAAAGGCAGUUUUCUGGAUUUGUCGUCCAAUCAGUGCAGAGAAUGCCCAGUUGCAACCUACCAGGACCAGCAAGGGCAAACCACAUGCAAGCCGUGUCCGAAGGGCAAAAUAACGCCACACCCCGGCGCUGACAGCAUUACCGACUGCCAAGCCUGUAGCCCCGGCUACUAUUACAUCCCCGGCCAUGAUGGGUGUGAUCCUUGCCCCAAGAACACCUACUGUGAGAGCGGACAGACCCAGUGUUACCCCUGCCCGUCCGGCUACAUUACGCUACACGUGGGAACGGAACACAAAACUGACUGCCUGUCCCCGUGUGAACGGGGUCAGUUUUGGGACUCCGUCUACACGAUAUGCCGACCAUGUGCUGUAGGAAAGUUCCAGGACAAGCCGCACCAGGAGCACUGCCAAGACUGUCCACAUGGAAAAACAACUAAACAUGAGGGAUCAACUAUCAUAUAUGACUGUAUAGACUUACCACCUCGUUCGUGUUCGAAGGGUCACUACCUAGAUGUAUCAACAGACUCGUGCAAACAAUGUCCAGUCGGUACAUACCAGGACGUUCCUGGCAAGACCUCGUGUAUACCGUGCCCUGUUGGGACAACCACGCCUUUCCCUGGAGCCUCUAGCGCGGACCAUUGCAAACCCUGUGAACCCGGCUACUAUUACAUCCUCGGCCAUGAUGGCUGUGAUGCCUGCCCCAAGAACACGUACUGUGAGAGCGGACAGACCCAGUGUUACCCAUGUCCUUCCGGCUACAUCACCCUACACACAGGAACCGGAUACAAAACAGACUGCUUACCGCCAUGUGACAAGGGCCAGUUCUGGGACGAUUCUGUGAAGCUGUGCAGAUCAUGUCCAGUGCGGACAUACCAGGAUAAACCGCACCAGGAGCUAUGUGAACAAUGUCCCGACGGCAAAACGACCGAGCACGAAGCAUCCACCAGCGUCCUCGACUGUAAAGAAAAACCUCCUCCGUCCUGCCCAGCUGGUUCAUUCCUGGACCUGCCCUCCAAGGAGUGUAGAAAGUGUCCAGUAGGUACUUAUCAGGACCAGGCUGGCCAAACAGUCUGCAAACCCUGCCUCGCCGGCCAAACAACACCCUCGCCCGGCGCAGAUAGCUUACACGAUUGCAAACCGUGUGACGCCGGCUACUAUUACAUCCCCGGCCAUGAUGGUUGUGAUCCCUGUCCGCAGAACACGUACUGUGAGAGCGGACAGAGCCAGUGUUACCCCUGUCCUUCCGGUUACAUCACCCUGCACACAGGAACAAGAUACAAAACUGACUGCUCACCUCCGUGCGAACGAGGCCAUCACUGGGACUCCAGUGUCAAGAUAUGCAGGCCUUGUCCUGCUGGCCGCUACCAGGACAAACCUCAUCAGUUAAGCUGCGACGAAUGUCCAUAUGGUAAAACUACCGAGCAUGAGGGAUCCACAACAAUCUACGACUGUACAGAUGUGCCUCCACCAGAAUGUCCGAUAGGUAGUUUCCUGGAUUUGUCGACGAAACAAUGCAGAAAAUGCCCGGUGGGAAGCUACCAAGACCAGAAAGGACAAACCUCAUGCAAGCCAUGUCCUGAAGGCAAACUGACGCCACAUCCCGGUGCUGACAGAAUUACAGAUUGCAAAGCAUGUGACGCCGGCUACUAUUACACCCCCGGCCAUGAUGGGUGUGAUCCCUGCCCCAAGAACACAUACUGCGAGAGCGGACAGACCCAGUGUUACCCCUGUCCUUCUGGAUACAUUACCCUGCACACAGGAACCGGAUAUAAAACUGACUGCUUGCGUAUCGUAACGGGACGCCAUGUGCCUGACUGCCCUAAGGGGACCUUUACCGACGCUCAUAACAACUGUCAAAAAUGCGAACCGGGAUUUUACCAGGACCUCCCCUACCAGAGAUUCUGUAAACCUUGCCCCCAAGGAACGACCACGCUACACCCUGGAGCAGACAGGGUGACCAACUGCAAACCAAUCGGAAACUGUGACAAGGGCCACUUCUAUGAUCAUCAUUUAUACACGUGCACGCCUUGUCCGCGGGGAACAUACCAGGACGAACCUGGCAAAGAGUCAUGUAAACCCUGUCCCUAUGGGAAAACUACACACCAGACAGGGACGUAUGCACCCGCAGGAUGUAUCUCAACAUCAACAACUAAACCAGCAGGUGCCUGUGACAAGGGCCACUACUUUGACCAUCAUUUAUACACCUGCAAUCCUUGUCCACUUGGAACAUACCAGGACGAAUCUGGCCGAGAGUCAUGUAAACCCUGUCCCAAUGGACAAACGACACAGCAGACGGGGACGUAUGGACUCGCAGGAUGCACACCUCCGAAUUGUGAGAGCGGGUAUGAAUGGAAUGAUGGCAAGUGCACACCAUGUGGCUAUGGUUCCUAUAGAAACAAAAAUCUCCACAUACGAUGCCAGCGUUGUGCUUAUGGAUAUAAGACACUCUCACAGUUUUCCAAAGAUGUCAAAGAUUGUGUACCAUCAGUAGCAAUUACACCACCAGACGAGGAGCUCUGCACCAUGGCCCUUGACCUGGUGCUCGUUGUCGACUUGUCCAGGAUGGUUGGUCCAAGAACCGUGCACAUUCUAAGAGAAUACCUCAUCCAGCUGCUGAAAAAAUUCAAGAUCAGCAAGACGAACGUACGUGUAGGGAUCCUCCAAUAUGCCAGAGGCGUGAACGCUGUCGUGGAGCUGAAGCAUGGCACCAACAUUCAAACGGUAAUAUCCAAGAUAACUAAGAAUUUCAAGACGAGCAGAUACCCGACAGUGAAUACAGCCCGAGCCCUGAACGCCGCAUGGAAGAUGCUGCAAAAACAGGGCUUUGCCAGCUGCGCCAAGCACGUUCUGCUAGUGACCGACGAAAAGGCGGACAACAGCCGAACGGACCUGUAUUCGGCAGCUGGCCUUAUUAAACGAGAAGCCAAACUUUCUGUUAUAGGUAUUCCUGUGAUGUUAAAUCUGGCAUCGGACCCUUCCCUGGCCUUUCAGAUCUCCAGCUAUACAACUCUGCCCAAUGUCCACACAGUCGCAAACAAGAUCUGCUCACAGGAUACUGUCCACAGAGGCUAG